AACUGACCGUGGGCUUUAAAAAGGCAGUUGCUGGAACCAUUGUGCUUCUCACCCGUUCAUUUCCGUCAAUCUGCCAAAUAUCUGCGUUCGGAAAGUUUAGGUUUUACUUUCGUCGUUUCAGCCGUGGUAGGGAGCUACCUCCAUCUUCAUUCCCAGGUUUAUCCCGAUGCUUCACUCGAUAAGUAUAUCAGGGGGAAGCCCUGACCUUCCACUAUACAAGUCGACCGUGGGAUACUCCUCUGAGAAGUACAGGCAGAAUGAUCUUGUUGGCCUGGUCAAGCGAUACAUUCGCUCGAUUGUAAACGAUAAAUCGACCAGGAAGGUCUUUUUUUUCUUGUUGUUGAACAUAUCAUUUACUGGAGUGGAGUUCUUAUAUGGAUGGUGGACGCAUUCGUUGGGCCUGACGGCGGAUGCGGUGCAUAUGCUUUUUGACUCGACGGCACUCAUUUUCUCGCUGGUGGCAAGUGUGAUUGCCAAAUGGGAGCCAAACGAUAGGUUUACCUAUGGUUACGGAAGGGUGGAGACGAUGACGGGAUUUGUCAACGCACUAGCUCUGCUUUUCGCGAGCUGGAACAUUAUCUGGGAAUCGUUUGAGCGCUUCUUUGAUCCUACAGAGAUUGAAUCGGGUCAGCUAUUAGUGGUGUCAGUCUUGGGGUUGCUGGUCAACCUUGUCGGAAUUUUCGCCUUCGAUCAUGGGCAUGUACAUGGGCACGACCACGGACAUUCGCACGGACAUGGCCAUGAUCACACACACUCGCACGCAAAUUCGCAUUCGCAUAGUCAUUGGAAUGGAAGCAACGGGCACCACGACCAUCACCACGAGCAUGACCAUCAACAUCAUAACCAUGAUCACGGUCACGAUCAUGGUCACGGUCAUCACCACCAUCACGGUCAUGCGCAUUCGCACGGUCACUCUCACGGGCACUCCCAUGGGGGUGGUCAUAAUCAUUUGAUGCACGGGAUGUUUCUUCACAUUUUAUCCGAUACCCUAGGUUCGGUUGGUGUGAUCAUCUCUUCGAUUCUCAUACGGCUUUACGGCUGGCAGUGGACCGAUCCUCUGUGUUCUCUAUUCAUUGCUAUACUGACAAUCAUUAGUCUGUGGCCGCUUCUGAAGAGUUCUGGUGCAACUCUCUUGCAGCGAGUACCAGAAGGCAUAGAAUGCAGUUUGGCGGAAGCAUACAGAAAGGUGAAUUCAAUCGAAGGAGUAGUGAGCUUUUCUCAACCGCACUUUUGGGAAGUAUCCCAAGGGAACAACGUUGGAACAAUAAAAGUACAGAUGCGUCACGAUCUUGGUGACGAGGAGAAGCUUCGCUUGCAGGUUGCGAGCGUUUUUCAGGAGAUUGGGGUACGAAAUUUGGUGGUGCAGAUCGAGAAGACGGCACCGGUGGUAAUGGGCGUAGGAUCAUAUGUGGGCUAGUGAUAUAGAUGAAUUCUAUGGAGAAGUGAGGAUGAUAGAACUUUUUUGGAUGUAAUGCGGUGCGCGCUUGAUUAUCUCAAAUUUAUUUAUUACUAUACUAUAUGGGUAACGAUGUAGACUAAAAACAUCGAGACUAUGCCAUG